AUGCUUCUCAAACUUGCCGCACUUUCUUCUAUUCUUGUUCUUGCCUCCGCACGGACUCAACUGACCAACUGUCUCGACGACAACAAGUACUGCGUCGGUCUUCCGAGAGGAUGUCUUGGUCCGAAGUGCAUCGUCGCUUUCAGUUCCAUCGUAAGUCUUUCUAAAAGAUGCCAAUCCCAAAGCUGCAUUUCUCUUUUCUUUUUAGUCGAAUGGAACGCACACCGAAAUCGAGAUCUUCGGAAGUGACAUUCUUGACAAGACGUGGCUCGGAAUCGCGUACUCGGCCGACACUGAGAUGAAGGACGACUUCGUGGUAUUCUGUAUUCGUGACGACAAACGACCAGAGGACGACUGGAAAAAGAUGGCCGGACUCGCAUUCAACACGGACCACUUGAACGAGAUGAUCGGGACCAUCGAGCAGAUUGAGAUGUCGCCGAAGAAGGACAAGUUCAAGCUUGACCUCGAUAUUCUCGAGUACGAGAAGGGAGAUAAGACACUUUACUGCAAGUUGACGUGGGUGAAAACUAGAUUUGCUUUCUGAAUGGGAAAGAGUUUGCAGACAUCGUGUCAAUCCGAUCACCGAGCACUUCAACAUGACAAAGGUCGAGAUUCUGGCAGCCAAGGGAGUCUGGAUCAAAGACGCUGUGACCUACCACGGCCGCACUCGCAACAAUGUCGGACAGGUCGAUCUGUCCGGAAAGAAGAGUGAGUGUUUUGUGGAUAUCCAAAACAAGCAUUUCAUUUUCAGAAGCGGCGAAGAAGUCGGCUGCCGGUUCGUUGGCUCUUCUCUCCUCCGCCGUCACCUUCAUUGUCGCCAAGAUUCUUCACUUCUAA